AUGCCAGUUCAGAUCCCGGACGAUAGCGAUUUCGCCUCUUUCAAAGAACAAUGUGAAAACCACGAUGGAUGGAUAGCCCGCUACAACAAAGGAGGCGUGACGGUGUGGUGCCGUGACGAGGAGAGCAAAACAGUGCAGAAACUUAAGAUGAAAAUCGUGUGCAAGGACGUGACGGCGGAAACGCUCUACGAUGUCCUGCACGAUACGAGCUACCGGAAGAAAUGGGACACAAACAUGAUUGACACCUUUGACAUUGGGAGACUGACUGUAAAUGCAGACGUGGGAUAUUAUUCCUGGAAAUGUCCCAGUCCUCUGAAGAACAGAGACUUUGUCACCAUGCGCUCAUGGCUUCCGCUGGGGAAGGACUAUCUGAUCAUUAACUACUCUGUCAAACACCCGCAAUAUCCACCAAAGAAGGACUAUGUAAGGGCUGUGUCGUUACUCACAGGAUACCUGAUCCAGUCCAGUGGAGCAAACGGCUCUACUCUGUACUACUUAACUCAAGUCGACCCAAGAGGUUCUUUACCCAAAUGGGUGGUGAAUAGAGUCUCCCAGUUUGUUGCUCCAAAGGCCAUGAAGAAGAUCUACAAAGCCUGCCUGAAGUACCCGGAGUGGAAGCGGAAACACAACCCUAACCUGAAGCCGUGGAUGUACCCGGAGCAGAACACGCUGCCCUGCAUUAACGUGGCCGACCUGAGCGUACAGAGGGCGGACUCACUGGAGAAUAUUGACGAGAGUGGUCUGACUGAGGAGAAAACGCAAAACAACAGUGAUGAUGAGGAGACCUAA